ACAAAAUCUGUGAGUUAUUUUUUCAUUCUUUGUUUUCUCUGUUUUGCCAAAUUUCCGAGGAAAGGAAUCUGAAUAGAAAAAACAAGAAUGAACGAUUGGCUUAGUGUGGUAUUAGGAGCUUUGGCCUCCGAAGGUCUGAAAAUUUUGAUAGCUGAGGCAAAGAAGGUUUUAGCUUUCAAAUCUGUGUCUAAUGAGCUCGCAUCGGAUAUGGAGUUUUUGCUUCCGGUGAUCACACAGAUCGAAUCGUUGCAAGAUGUUAUGGAACUACAAGAUUUUAAAGACAUGAUCGUUGACGCUCUUGUAGUGGUUGAGGAGUGUUCACGUGUCAAGAAGUGGAAUAUAGUCUUCAAAUCUAAGUACACGAGAAAAGUUAUGGAAAUCAAUAGGAAGAUGUUCAAGUUCUGUCAGAUUCAAAUACUGCCUCUUCUGUUUAGGAACCAAUUGCAGUCUAACAUUGAUCUCCAAAUCAUCAAUAAGAAGCUCGACCUUUUGAGUGUUUCUCCUCCCUCUCCUGUUUUCUCGAAGCGUUGUUCUGUUCCCAAGCUUAAUACGGUUCUUGUUGGAUUGGAUUGGCCAUUGAUGGAGCUGAAGAAGAAACUCCUUGGCAAUUCAGUGGUUGUUGUGUCUGGUCCUCCUGGUUGCGGGAAGACCACGCUGGUUACUCAGCUUUGUGACGACCCAGAGAUCAAAGGAGAAUUCAAGAAAAUCUUCUUUAGCGUUGUGUCGAAUACUCCUAAUUUCAGGGCCAUAGUACAAAAUUUACUUCAGGACAACGGUUACGGAGCAAUUACAUUUGACGAUGAUUCUCAAGCAGAAACUGGCUUAAGAGAUCUGCUAGAGGAACUCACAAAUGACGGUCCUAUAUUGUUGGUGCUGGAUGAUGUGUGGCAUGGAUCAGAGCUAUUGCUUCGGAAAUUUCAAAUUGAAUUAGAGGGUUAUAAGCUUUUGGUGACUUCUCGGUUUGAUUUUUCGAGUUUAUGUUCCACUUAUCAUUUGAAACCUUUGAAAGAUAAAGAUGCUAGGUCCCUUCUUAUUCAGUGGGCAUCACCGCCUCUUCACACAUCUCCAGAUGAGUAUGAAGAUCUUCUCCAAAAGAUAUUGAAACGUUGCAAUGGAUUCCCUCUCGUAAUUGAAGUAGUUGGCAUUUCACUUAAAGGACAAGCUCUGUAUUUAUGGAAAGGCCAAGUGGAAAGCUGGUCUGAAGGGGAAACAAUUCUUGGUAACGUGCUAGAACGUCUGCAACCUACCUUCAAUGCCCUGAAACCCCAUCUUAAAGAGUGUUUCUUGGACAUGGGUUCAUUUCUUGAGGACCAAAAGAUACGUGCUUCACUUAUAAUUGACAUAUGGGUGGAAUUAUAUGGUAGGGGUAGUAGUAGUACUACUACUAACAUGUACAUGAAAUACCUUAAUGACCUUGCUUCCCAGAAUCUGCUUAAACUUGUUCCUCUCGGGACAAAUGAGCACGAAGACGGAUUCUACAAUGAGUUGUUAGUCACUCAACAUGAUAUUUUGAGGGAGUUGGCUAUUUUUCAAAGAGAACUGGAACCAAUCCUUGAAAGAAAAAAACUAAAUUUGGAGAUACGAGAGGACAACUAUCCGGACUGGUGUUUGAAUCUAAGGCAACCUAUUAAUGCUCGACUUUUGUCUAUCUCUACAGAUGAUUUGUUCUCAUCAAAUUGGCUGGAAAUGGAUUGCCCCAAUGUUGAGGCUUUAGUUCUUAAUGUAUCUUCAUCAGACUAUGCAUUGCCAAGCUUCAUUGCUGGAAUGAAGAAGCUGAAGGUUCUAACAAUCACAAAUCACGGUUUUUAUCCAACAAGAUUAAGCAAUUUCUCGUGUUUGAGCUCAUUACCAAAUUUGAAACGGAUUAGAUUGGAGAAAGUUUCAGUCACUUUGCUAGACAUUCCCCAAUUGCAACUCGUCAGUCUUAAGAAGCUAUCUUUGCUCAUGUGUAGUUUCGGUGAGGUUUUCUAUGAGACAGAAGAAAUAGAUGUCUCUAAAGCCCUACCGAGUUUACAAGAGAUUGACAUAGACUAUUGCUAUGAUCUUGAGGAGUUACCUUAUUGGGUCUCUGAAGUUGUUUCAUUGAAGACCCUUAGCAUCACAAACUGUGAUAAGCUCUCUACACUUCCAGAAGAUAUGGGCAACUUGAGUAAACUGGAAAUGUUGAGGUUGUGUUCUUGUAAUAAUCUCUCUGAGCUGCCUGAAGAGAUUGGCAAACUACAGAAGCUGAAAAAGAUCUGGAUGAGGAAGUAUACGGGAUGCAAGUUACCGGAUUCAGUGACGAACCUAGAGAAUUUGGAGGUCAAAUGCGAUGAAGAAACUGGAUUCUUGUGGGAAAGGUUGAAGCCUAAAAUGAUAAAUUUGAGAGUUGUCAAGGAGGAAAUAGAGCAUAACCUGAACUGGCUUCAAACAAUGAACGAUUGGGCUAGUUUGGGAUUAGGUUCUAUUGGUGGAGCUGUGUUUUCCGAGCUCUUGAAACUUGUGAUUGAAGAAGCCAAAAAGGCCAAAGAUUUCAAACCCUUGUCCAAAGAUCUCGUAUCAACAAUGGAGAGAUUGUUUCCGUUAACUCAAAAGAUUGAUUCGAUGCAAAAAGAGCUUGACUUUGGUGUAAAGGAACUUAAGGAACUGAGGGAUACGAUCGAAAGAGCUGGUGUAGCUGUUCAGAAGUUUUCAAGCGUCAAGUGGUACGAGAAAUCUAAAUAUACUAGAAAAAUCGAGAGAAUCAAUGAGGAUAUGCUUAAGUUCUGUCAGAUUGAUCUUCAGCUUCUUCAGCAUAGGAAUCAGUUGUCGUUGUUGGGUUUGACCGGAAAUCUUGUGAAUUCGGUUGAUGGUUUAAGUAAAAGAAUGGAUCUUUUGAGUGUUCAUGCGCCUGUUUUUAGGGAUCUUUGUUCGGUUCCCAAGCUUGAUAAGGUUAUUGUUGGAUUGGAUUGGCCAUUGGGGGAGCUAAAGAAGAGACUCCUUGACGAUUCCGUGGUUAGUCUUGUGGUUUCUGCUCCUCCUGGUUGUGGGAAAACAACGCUGGUUAGUCGGCUUUGUGACGAUCCAGAUAUCAAAGGAAAGUUCAAGCAUAUCUUCUUUAGUGUUGUAUCAAGUACUCCUAACUUUAGGGUCAUAGUACAGAAUUUACUCCAACACAACGGUUAUGAAGCACUUACAUUUGAGAAUGAUUCUCAAGCAGAAGUUGGUUUAAGAAAACUGCUAGAGGAACUUAAAGAAAAUGGUCCUAUAUUGGUUGUCUUGGAUGAUGUGUGGCGGGGAGCGGAGUCUUUACUUCAGAAAUUUCAAAUUAAAUUACCGGAUUAUAAGAUUUUGGUGACUUCUCGGUUUGACUUUCCGAGUUUUGGUUCCAGUUAUCAUUUGAAACCUUUGGAAGAUGAAGAUGCCAGGUCCCUUCUCAUUCAUUGGGCAUCGCGACCUUCUAAUGCGUCUCCAGAUGAGUACGAAGAUCUCCUCAAGAAGAUAUUGAAACGUUGCAAUGGAUUCCCAAUCGUAAUUGAAGUAGUCGGCGUUUCACUCAAAGGACGAUCUCUAAAUACAUGGAAAGGUCAGGUGGAAAGCUGGUCUGAAGGGGAAAGAAUUCUAGGUAAUCCUCAUCCAACUGUGCUAGAAUGUUUGCAGCCUAGCUUUGAUGCCCUGGAACCCAACCUUAAAGAGUGUUUCUCGGACAUGGGCUCAUUUCUUGAGGACCAAAAGAUACGUGCUUCAGUAAUAAUUGACAUGUGGGUGGAAUUAUACGGUAAAGGUAGUAGUAUCUUGUAUAUGAUGUACCUUGAAGACCUUGCCUCCCAGAAUCUGCUUAAACUUGUUCCUCUCGGAAAUGAGCACGAAGACGGUUUCUACAAUGAUUUCUUAGUCACUCAACAUGAUAUCCUUAGGGAGUUGGCUAUCCGUCAAAGCGAAUUAAAGGAAAACAUAGAAAGAAAAAGACUAAAUUUGGAGAUAAGAGAGAAUACAUUUCCAGACUGGUGUUUGAAUCCAAGACACCCUACUAUUAGUGCCUCUUUAUUGUCUAUCUCUACGGAUGAUUUGUUCUCAUCGAAUUGGUUGGAAAUGGAUUUCCCCAAUGUUGAGGCUUUAGUUCUUAAUCUCUCUUCACCAGACUAUGCAUUGCCAAGCUUCAUUGCUGGAAUGAAGAAGCUAAAGGUUCUGACAAUCACAAAUCACGGUUUUUAUCCAGCAAGAUUGAGCAAUUUCUCGUGUCUCAGCUCAUUACCAAACCUGAAACGGAUUAGAUUGGAAAAAGUUUCAAUCACUUUGCUGGACAUUCCCGGAUUGCAACUCGGCAGUCUUAAGAAGCUAUCUUUGGUCAUGUGUAGUUUCGGUGAGGUUUUCUAUGAGACAGAAGAAAUAGAUGUGUCUAAAGCCCUAUCGAGUUUACAAGAGAUUGACAUAGACUAUUGCUAUGAUCUUGAUGAGUUACCUUAUUGGGUCUCUGAAGUUGUUUCAUUGAAGACCCUUAGUAUCACAAACUGUGAUAAGCUCUCUACACUUCCAGAAGCUUUGGGCAACUUGAGUAAACUGGAAAUGUUGAGGUUGUGUUCUUGUAAUAAUCUCUCUGAGCUGCCUGAAGCAACUGAGAGACUCAGCAACUUGCGGUUUCUGGAUAUUUCUCAUUGCUCAAGAUUGAGUAAGUUGCCUCAAGAGAUUGGCAAACUAGAGAAGCUGAAAAAGAUCUGGAUGAGGAAGUAUUCGGGAUGCAAAUUGCCGGAUUCAGUGACGAAUCUAGAGAAUUUGGAGGUCAAAUGCGAUGAAGAAACUGGAUCCUUGUGGGAAAGGUUGAAGCCAAAAAUGAUAAAUUUGAGAGUUCACAAGGAGGAAACAGAGCAUAACCUGAACUGGCUUCAAACGUUUUAAGUUUUGAGUGAGAAAAACAUUUUCGUAGCUUGUGUGGGUCUUGUAAUGUUAUUCUCAUGUAAUCCAAUGUAAAUGGAAUGGUUCUUUAAAAUAGUUGUUAAUAAAACUAUAUAUGUGCA